CAUCAUGGCCUCCGUUACAUAGCUACUACCUGUUGAAGAUGGCCUUGCCGCAGUGGGCUGAACUUUGGGCAAACAUUGCUGAGCAGUCUAAUGAGGCCAGGAUCCAGCCUCAAACGGGUUCAGAGAGCCACUACAAUGGUUACGCUGAGGCAGGCUUGGGCACUCUGUUCCAGGCUGUCGUUCUUCCAUCUGCAGCCGCGACUGAGCUCCUUCAGCGCAUUCUUAACACGCCCCUGCACGAAUUCGAGGGCUGCGGAACCUCUAUACUGCUUGCCGAGCCAGCACCUUCGGGUGGAGUGCGGCCGGUGGCCCCGGACCCGGGACUCAGCGAGCAGCCGAGCACCGCGCCUGCGCCCCGCCGCAAGGGUGCCACAGCUGCUGCAGCGGCCAGCGAGGCUGUGAUUGAUGCCGGCCCAGAGCCCGCGUCUCUGCACGGCCCCUUGGAAACCAUUGCCGGUGCCACUGGGGGAAUCCGUGGUCAAGGGUCAAAGGCACCGGUAACGCUGGCUGCAGCGGCUGCGCCCGGCUCCUUGCCGGCCACCGCGCCUGCACUUGCACCAGGCUCGAGGGCACCUACGGCUGCGGCAGUUGCAGGGACAGGGGCGGCUGCGGCGCCGACGGCGGUCGCGGCGGCCGCGGCGCGGCGCGCAGGCCCCAAGGACCCCCUGCAGCGCAUGCGGCAACUGCACCAGCGCGAGCGCAGGAAGCGCGAGCAGCAGGAGCAGCGCGGCAAGAAGAAGGCACAGGGCCGCGCUCCAGAACCCAGACAGCAAGGCUGGAGCUGGCAGACAGCGGGUGAGGACGCAAUCUCAGACGAGGAGGAGGCGGCGGAGGAGGAGGAGGAGGAGGAGCCGGUUGCCGUGUGGGCUAGGGCCGGGGCAGCGGCAGAGGAAGACAGGGAGGGCGGCAGCUUGCAUGAGGACGAGGGCGGAGAAGCGGCAGACACGCCAGGUGCUGGUAUUGACGACCGCGCGCGUCAGCCAGCAGCUGCCGGUGACGCGCCGCCUGCUGCCAAGCGGCCGCGCCGGGGGGCCCUGGGACCGGCUUCCGCACCGGCGGCGUCGCCGGAUGACCCGUUGGCGGCGGCUGAAGCAGGUCCGCUUGAUGGCCAGGAGCGGGACCAGGCACCAGGGCUGCAGGACCCGGGUGAGAGCCCGGCUUCGGGGCGCGGGGGGGCGCGAGGCCGGGGCCGGGGCCGCGGCCGCGGGAGCACAGCCACGGGCACGGGCGCCAGCAGAGGCCGGGGCCGAGGACGAGGGCGCGGAGCGCGCGGCAGCGGCAGCGGCAGCGCCGGCGUUGAACCCGCUGCUGCCGCUGAUGCAGACGGAUUAGCCGCGCCUGCGCCAGGGCCGGGGGCUGGCGGCAGAUUGACGCAAGGCGCCGCGGUGGCGGCAGGAGCAGCGGCACAUCCUACGGAUGAUGAUGUGGAAGCGUUGUUCAUGGACUCGGCCUCCCCACCGUCGGCCUCGCCCCCCUCCUCGCAGUCGGGCUCGCCGCCGCCGUCUCCGGGUCGUGGCCCAGGCGGCCAGGAGCCGUGUGGCCCGGUUGGGGGUGGUGCGGGAGCAGCCCGGGUGACCGCGGGGGCCGGCCUGGCGCCAGCUGCCGCAGGAGCGGGGGCGGCUGCGGCUGCGGCCGCGAUGGCUGCCGAUGCGGGCGUGGCGGCUGGUGACGAGGGUGGGGAGCGACAGCUGGUGUCGGUGAUCAGCGUGCGGCCCAACCGCAGCCUCACCACGCUGGGCUCUGUGGACGUGCGGAGCCUGGUGCAGCUGGGCAGCGGCGCAGCUGCCGGGCCGGCCGCCGCCGCCGCGCGGCAGCGCGCCGCCGCAGCGACUGCGGCAGCGGCAGCGGGGGUGGCCGCCGGGGCGGUGGGCAGCCAGCGCGCAAGACAGCAGGGGCAGCAGCAGCAGCAACAGCAACAGGAGGAGGAGGAUGCGGAAGAUGCCGAGCUGCUGUCAAUGCCGCUGCUCGGCGGCAGGCCCCUGGCGGCCGCGAUCGGCGGCGGGCUGGAAGCAACGCCGGCAGCGGCGGGCGCGACUGGGCUGCUACAGCAAGCUCCUUCAACGACGGCGGGUGAACGGAAGCUGGCGGCGUUAGCCACGGCGAAGCAACUCCUUGCCAGCCAAAGGAGCCAAGGGGCACUCAGCGAGCCUGGCGUGCAACAGGCCGCCGCGGUGUCAGGCGCGGCGGCAGCUGCGAGCGCGGCCGCCACCGCGGCAGCAGCAGCAGAUUGGGCAGCAGACAUUGCCGCCGGUCUGGGUGACGAGGAUGCGGGCCAAGGCAGCCACCUGGGCGCAACGGAAACGGCCAUGGCAGCACAGGCACCAGCGCCAUCGGCGCCUGCCUCAGGCCGGGUGGCAGGCGCGCCGCAGGCUCAGACCAUUGCCGCGAUUCGUGCCGCGGCAGCGGCUGCGGCAAAGGCCAAGGCCGCGCCUGCCGUGCCAGAGCCAGGCGGCACCACCGCCUUGGCCGCCACUCCGGCUGCGGCGGCCGCGGACGUGGAUUCUGAGCCGGCUGGCGGCAUGGCUGUGCAGUGGCGGAGGUGGGCUGAGCCGGGGCUGCCACAUGGCGAGUCGCUAGGCCUGGCCAAGCCUGGGGAAUUGACAGGCGGCGCCGCCGGCGCACUGCCGAGCGGCGCAUGCCCAGGGGCUGACGGCGCGGAUGGCGCCGGCGGCGAUGCUGGUGGCGGCGGCGGCGAUGAUCGUGCCGGCGGCGGCGAUGCUGGUGGCGGCGGCUAUGACAGCGACGGAGAGGACGGGGAGGUGGUUGUUGAGGAGGGGGCAGGGCAGCAGCACGCGGGAGGCGAGGAAGCCAGGGAGGGGCGGGAUGACCCAAAGCCGCAGCAGCAGCAGCAGCAGCAGCAGCAGCAGCAAGUGGAGGCGGCAGAGGCCGCAGGGCAGCAAGGACGGCAGCGUGGUGGGCGGCAGGGAGGUCGUGGUGCGGCGGAGGGGCGCGGCAGGGCUGCGGGUCGCGCUACCGGCCGCAGUCAGGGCCGAGGACGGGGGCGGCAGCAGCUGCAGGAGGCGGCGCCGGGCCGCCGGCAGUCCGGCCGCAAGCGUGGACUGUCAGAUGCUGCCGACGACGACGCAGCCGCGGCAGGCUCGCCGCCUCCCCAGCAGCAGCAGCAGCAGCAGCAGCAGCAGCAGCAGCAGCCGCUGGAGGUGGGCCUGUACGCGGAGGUGAAGCGCUUCCAAGCGCAGCAGCGCAAGGCGCGGGCCAUAGCAGCGGCGAAGGAAGGCGGCGCAGGCGCGGCAGCAGGCGGUGUGUUUGUGGACCCUGACCGGCCCAUGCCCGAGGUCCGGGAGACGCCGGCGUGCAAGUACUGGCGGCUGGGCCGCUGCACGCGCGGCGACGCCUGCACCUUCCGGCACGUGGGGCAGCCCGCGCCGCGGCUGCUGCCGUGCCGCUUCUGGCGCCUGGGCCGCUGCUUCCGUGGCGCGGCGGCCUGCGCCUUCAGCCACGACCCCGGCACGCGGGAGCCGUGCCCGGCGCUGCUGGAGGCGGGCGUGUGCAGCCGCCCUGGCGACUGCCCCCACGAACACAACUACCCCGAGGAUGACCUGCACGCGCUGCGUGAAUACAUGCAGUUUGAGGCGGGGAAAGCAGCUGCAGCCGCCGCGGCCGCGAAUGCCGCCGGCGGCGCUUCUGCCGCCGCCGCCGCAAGAGCCGCAAACUCGGCUGGCGCGGCGACGGCAGUAGCAGGCGGGGGUGUGGCGGCAGCUGGUCUCGAGGAGGUGUUGCUGCAGCCACCGUACGCCGCUGCACGGGCUCCGGUGGCGGCUGGCUGGGUGGCUGGGUGGAGUGGCGCGGCUGGGGCUGGGGCUGGGGCUGGGGCUGCUCCCGGCGCAGCGCAAGACGUAGGCGUCAUCGGAGGUGCUGGCGGCGGGGGCUGGGGCGCGGCGGCGGACGCGCUGCUUCCCCAGCAGCCGGCAUUACUGCGAGCUGCGAAUAACAAUGACGAGGACGUCUUUUAAACAUGGCCUGAGAAGGUCGUGCGUGGCUGGCCUGGGGGUUGUCUGUGUGUUUGUUGAGCAAGGGCCGACCAGCGCACCGCCGGACACGGCGUGGGCCAGGGGAUGCGGGCCCCUGGCGUGGGCCUUGUUGAGCGGCGGGCAAGUGAUGGCACGGUGGACUGUGUGGCCAUGCUGCCGGAUGGCGGGGGACGGGGAGCAUGCUGCCCGAGUGCGGCUCUGCUGCGUGAGGUGUGCGCGUGGUGAUAGUGACCAGCAGGCAAAGUUCGUGUAUGCUCACGGAGUCCAUUCUGGGGAGGCAACUGGAGGCAGGGACACGCGGUUGGGGUAGGCCGUAGGCGUGUUCAGGUGGAGAGCAGAAAGCGAGCAGCGCGAUGCGGUGCUGGGGCUGAAGUAAGUGGCUAGGCAAACGGUCACGUAGCAUUCCGCAUUCGGCGGGCGUGUUGCUAAUGUUUCAUCU